AGUUCAGAUCUGUUUCCCUCUCUGUCUUACACUCAUCAUGUUCAAGCUAAAUCGAGUGGCCCUACUCUUCAUUCGGCUAUUAGUGAUGUGGCAUGUCUUUGCAGAAAUUGCUAAAGACGACCACAGAGCUUUGCUAGUGUCCACAGGAGAUUCGGUGAUGCUGACUUGCAACAUAUCCAAGACAAAUGCAACACUGAUCACCUGGACCAACAACAGAUCUGUUUUUCAAUAUUCCAUUGUGCUGAAUCGCAGCAAUUCAAAUUUCUCAUUUCAUAGACUGAAAAUAAAUCAUGAGUUCCCUACAGAGCUAAUUAUUUUUAGUGCUGAACCUGAAGAUGAAGGACUUUAUACAUGUAACAUAACAGACAGACGUGGCAUAAACAGCAUUACAUGGAAUUUAACUGUGUCUGAGAACCGAGAAGAAUCCACUUCAUCAAAGUAUCUUCUACACAUUCUCCCACCUGCAGUUGGAUUGUUAUUAUGUGGCAUCACACUAGCUGUCUUCCUCUGCAGAUGCUGCUCCAGGACCCCGAACCACGACCUUCAUGAGAUCAGGACCUUGAGUUUUGUCCAGUAUCAUGUUCAGCUGGAAGGAAAGGUGGUCCCUCCACAACCUCAAAGUUUUGCAGUGUACAGGACAGGAAUCACUUUGAGACGCUCUGUUCAAUCUGUGGCUUUUAGUGUGCUGACAAGAAGAAAGUCCAGAUAAAAGCUGAAAAGGAAACAAGGUAUAGAGUGGAAGGAGAGCUCAGGAGAAAGGUCACACUGAGUUGGAAAACAAAACAUUACACAUUUCUUUGAAACCUCAUAUAGACAUCUUUUUUCCCCUUUUGUGUAUAAUUUUAUGAGUUACAGAAAGUUAGGCUUUGGCUCUUGAUUAUUAUUAUUAUUACCUGAUUAUUUUCAUGAAGCUGAAAGUGGAUAUAUAUACAAUUUCCAAUAAGUAUAUAACAAGCAUAAAACUAAAGUCAUUCAGAUUAUGUCUGUUGUGUAAAGAUCUCCAGGUAACUUGCUGGUGAUCUGGACUGACAUUUGUGUUGCUACAACUAACACUUUCUGUAUCAGCAAAUAAUAUCUGAACAUUUGACAUUUUUGGUUAUUUAUCUGACACUGUUGUCUCACAGCAAGAAGAUCUUGAGUUUGAAUCCACCAUCUGACCGUGACUUUUCUCUGUGGAGUUUGAAUGUUCUCUCCGGAUACUCUGACUUCCUCCCACAGUUCAAAGACAUGCUGUUAGUGACAUUAGGUUAAUUGGUGAUUGCACAUAGGUGUGAAUGUGAGUGUGAAUGUCUGUUUUCAGGUUCCAGCUCAAAAACCUGAAUCGCAUCUGUUAUGACACGAUAUGUCACCAAAUUGACAUGUUGGUUAGCUCUAACUGGAUAAGCAUGAUUUAAAAGAUGGCCUUAAACUUUUGUGUGUCUGAAGUUAAAACUGAGUUUUUAUUUUCAAAAUGUCUUUUUCUUUUUAUACAAAUAAGUGGCUUGUUGUUGCAACAUUUUUACCUGUGCUGGAUUACGGAGAUAUUCUCUAUUUGAAUGUUUCUGCUCAAUGUCUUCGAAUGGUUGAUAAUGUCUCUCAUGCUUCUCUAAGGUUCAUCACUAAUCGUAAGUUUCAGACUCUGAGUUAUACUGUCAGGUAGGAUGGCCUGCUUUGGCCAGUUGGAGGAACUCUCACCUAUACAGUUUUAUAUAUAAGACAAUACUUGGAUUUCUGGCUUCCUAUACAUGUUUCCUGCUUGCAAUGAAACAUGCUGGUCGUUAUUCUCUUCGUCUGCAAUGUUACUUGUUGCAUUCUGUUCCAUUUGCCCGAACUGAACUUAGCAAAAGAGCUUUUGUCUAUUUAGCUGCAGAGCGACUGGAAAAUGAAAGAAUUAAUUUCAUUAAGUGCU